AUGUCAGACACACAAUUGAAGAGGAAGCGCUCUCAGCGUGACAAGGCCCCUGCGACCGCCUUGCCCAAGCGUCAGAAGAGCGACCAUCUGGACGUCGACAAGGCCGCAAGCACCCCCAAGCCCGUCAAGACGCAAUCACCAACCUCUACACCAAAGACUCAGAUCAAGGACCAGGUCGCCACACCGACUGUCUCGUUACCGCCAACUGUCGGCGAGACCGAUAUCAACGCCCUCCAAGUAGCUACAACUCCCGGUCAAGGAAAGAAGAAUACGAGGCGAAGCAGAAGGAAGGGCACCGAUCGCGUCGCUGUCGACGAGGCCCAAGUCGUCGAGAAGCCGCAGGUCAAGCUUGAGGGCAGAUCGCCAUGGUCGCUGUCAAAACCUCUGGGAGGGAGAUUUGUCUUGCAGGACCCCAUCUUUGCCCAAGACGAGAGCUGCAUCUUCGCCUCAAAUGGCCGUGAAAUCGACGUCCUGUCAAUUGCCACAUCGCUGGUCGAGAGGAAAUUGCCCGGACCCGAUCACUCUGCCACUGCUUUCGCCCUGUCGCUCGCCGAUGAGGAGGAGUUGUAUAUUGCUUCAUCCACGGGACGUGUCCAGCGCUGGAACUGGAUCACUGGUACGCCUGUAAACGACGACAUCAAAUUCGAGGGGGUCGUUUCUGCUCUGGCUGUUGCACCAUCAACCGAUGCCUCACAAGACACCCUGUACGCAAUCUGCCACAAAUCCGGAAGCUGGAAUAUUGUUUCUGGAGACCGCUCUAUCUACACAUCCAAAGACUCUCUGAGCCAUCUCCGUGUCGAGGGUGACUUCGUUGUGGCUGCCACCUCUGCCAAAUUGGUCGUUGGAAAGCGCGUUCCCUCCGAUACCACUCGUUACGACUUUGUUGAAAUCACAGUCUCCGCUGGUGUAACAAGUCUCGAAUGCAGAAUGGAAUCGAGCGAGUCAAAGAAGAAGGCCAAGACAGAAAACCUCUCUGUCGCUGUAGGAAAUGUUUCUGGUGAAAUCUUCCUGUACGAGAACGUGUACCCCUCCGACAAGAAUAUCGAAUCUUUGACCCCUCGCACUCUCCAUUGGCAUCGCGAGGCAGUCGCGACCGUCAAGUGGUCCAAGGAUGGAACUUAUCUCAUUUCCGGUGGCAGAGAAACUGUUCUCGUGCUCUGGCAGUUGUCUACCGGCAAGAAGCAAUUCCUUCCUCAUUUGACUGCCGAAAUUGAGUGCUUGACUGUUUCUCCCAACGGAGCAUCAUACGCAAUUCAACUGGCCGACAAUUCCGUCAUGGUCCUAUCUACUACCGAGCUCAAGCCUGUCGCAAACUUCGCUGGACUGCAGGCUCAGUCGUGCGUUGACAAGAACACAAGUGCUCAAGUCGACACUGAGAAGAGCUUUUUGCGCGCCGCUGCUGCUACUCUGAACCCACUCUCGCCCGAUCAACUUAUACUCUCUGUUCCUUCCUCAACAAACGAGACCUCCCAGCACACAUCUGCCGCCGCUCCUCGACCUUUCCUUCAGACUUACGAUAUCUCCAACGACCGCCACAUCUCUCGCCAGGCUUUAACCCGCAAUAUGGUCACUGACUACAACAAGGGUCCCGAGGGCAACCGUAUCAAGGUUCCUGAUGUGACUUCCUUGCAAAUCAGCCACGAUGGACAAUGGCUCGCCACAGCUGAACACUGGUCACCUCCUUACCCAGAUGUUGAGCAUUUGGCUGCUGACAAGUCCUCCAACGACGAUCAACGCCUCUUCCGCCGCGAGGUCUACCUCAAGAUCUGGCGCUGGGACUCCGAGCGCAAUCUCUGGGCUUUGGAAACAAGAAUCGACAGUCCUCACCAGCUCGGUGAUGAUGCUCAGCCUGGCCGUGUUCUGAACCUCGUUGCUGACCCAGUUGAGGUCGGAUUUGCGACUGUAGGCGAGGACAGCUGUGUUCGCAUCUGGAAACCCAAGACUCGCCUUCGCAACGGCAUUGUCGUUCGUGGUACCAAGGCCGAAGGUCUCGUUGACUGGACGUGCCGCCACUCUAUUCCCCUGGAUCGCAGUGUUGAGCUGGCUGAGAUACCCGAUCAGCCCCGCCUUCUGCCUCCUCCCACGGGUGCUGCACUCGCCUAUUCUGAAGACGGCUCCACUUUGGCUGUCUCUCAGGCCUUCGAGCAAGCUACUGAAACACCCACUGUUCACUUCAUCAACGCUGUGGAUGGCGCAACCGAGCAAGCUCGUUCUGGCUUCUUCACAGGCACCGUUCGCGCCCUCGCAUUCCUCGACCGCCACCUCAUCGUUCUCGCCGACCAGACCAUCGCAGUCUGGGAUAUCGUGGAUGAGACUCAACUCUAUUGUAUCAACCUUGACCGCGCCGCUCGCUUCGGCGCUUCUCUUCUUACCACAAAUCCUGACGAAAGGACUUUCGCUGUGUCAGUAAGGUCAAAGGGCGGUGUUUCUCGUGUUCAAAUUUUCAGCCCUACCAGCUCAGCUCCCCAAUUCAAUCAAAGCUUGCCUUACCCUGCGUCAGCCGUUUUGGCAGCAAAGGGCAGAAGAGGCUACAAGGUGUUGACCACCGCUGCCGAGGUCUUCACACUUAGUCCCCGUCCUGCUGCUCCUUCUAUGGCCGGCGUACGCACACGACGUGGUAAGCGCUCAGGAGGUGCUGCUCUCUCCACAAUCGCUACAUCCGUUGCGGCGCCCGUCUCGACGUCAUCUCUCGAAGCCUCAGAAGACGUCGAAAUGUCAGAAGAGCAAGCGGAUGUGUACCUUCUUGAGAACGACGAAGAAGCAGAUAAGCCGGUCGUUAGACCCGAGCAGUUGGCUCAGGUCUUUGACAGAGACAACAUUGCACUCAUGCCCGUCAGCGAGAUGUUCAAUGCUGUGGUGGGAUUGUUCGCCAGGAAACCCAGAGGUGUCCCUGUGCAGGCCGCCGCAUAG